GACGAUUAGAUCGAUUGGGUUGCCUCUGAAGAGCAAUCAUGUUGACCCAAUCUACUUUGGAAUUAGAAAGCUUGCCAAGAGCAUCAAUGCUGACUCCUAAAUUAGAAAGCUUACCAAGAGCAGCAAUGCUUACCAAAUCUUUGCCUUGGCUCAAAAGAACCAUCGCCCUCACAUCCAGUGCUCGCCACACAUCUGAAACAUGGUUUGGAAUCACUGGUGGUGGUGUGUCUAGCACUUUUGAUCCUGUAAUUGAUUGCUGUGGUAGUGCAAUUGGUGGCAGUGCUGGUGCAAUUGGUGGCAGUGCUGGUGCAGUUGGUGGCGGUGGUGGUGCAGUUGGUGGCGUUGGCGGCCGUGGUGGUGCAGUUCGCAGCGGUGCAGUUGGUGGCGCUGCAGGCGGUGCAGUUGGUGGCGGCGACGGUGGUGGUGCAGUUGGUGGCGCUGGAGGUAGUGCAGUUGGUGGCGGUGGUGGUGCAGUUGGUGGCACUGGCGACGAUGCAGUUGGUGGCACUGGCGACGAUGCAGUUGGUGGCACUGGUGGCGAUGCAGUUGGUGGCGCUGGCGGCGGUGCAGUUGGUGGCGCUGGAGGCGGUGCAGUUGGUGGCGGUGGUGGUGCAGUUGGUGGCGCUGGAGGCGGUGCAGUUGGUGGCGUUGGAGGCUGUGCAGUUGGUGGCGGUGACAGUGGUGGUGCAGUUGGUGGCGCUGGAGGCAGUGCAAUUGGUGGCGGCGGUGUUGAAGUUGGUGGCAGUGGUGGUGCAGUUGAUGGCGGUGGUGGCUCGAUUGAUGGCAGUGGUGGUGCCAUUGAUGGCGACGGUGGCACUAUUGAUGGCGGCGGUGGUGGUGCCAUUGAUGGCGGCAGUGGCACAAUUGAUGGCGGCGGUGGUGGUGGUGUGAUCGAUGGCGGUGGUGGUGUUGGGGCAAUUAAUGGUGAACAUGGCGAUGGCAGUGCAUUUGAUGGUGGUGGUGGUGCAAUUGAUGGCGGUGGUGAUGUUGGUGGCAGUGGUGGUGCAAUUAAUGGCGGUGGUGGCGCGAUUGAUGGCGGUGGUGGUGGUGCCAUUGAUGGCGGCGGUGGUGGCGUUGGGGCAAUUAAUGGUGAACAUCGUGGCGGCGGUGGUGAAGUUGGUGGCAGUGGUGGUGCAAUUGAUGGUGAUGGCGGUGGUGGUGGUGCCAUUGGCAGUGGUGGUGCCAUUGAUGGCUGCGGUGGCACAAUUGAUGGCGGCGGUGGUGGUGCGAUCGAUGGCGGUGGUGGUGUUGAGGCAAUUAAUGGUGAACAUGGCGAUGGCAGUGCAUUUGAUGGCGGUGGUGGUGCAAUUGAUGGCGGUGGUGAUGUUGGGGCAACUAAUGGUGAACAUGGCGGUGGUGGUGCAAUUGAUCGUGCUGGUGGUGCAAUUGAUCGCGUUGGUGGUGUUGGGGCAAUUAAUGGUGAACAUGGCGGUGGUGGUGAGAUUGAUCGCACUGGUGGUGUUGGAGUAAUUAAUGGUGAACAUAGCGGUGGUGGUGCAACUGAUGGUGGUGGUGGUGCAAUUGAUCGCGGUGGUGGUGUUGGGGCAAUUAAUGGUGAACAUGGCGGUGGUAGUGCACUUGAUGGCGCUGGUCGUGAAUGAACAAUUAAUGGUGGUGGUGGUGCUGCCUUCUCACUGUUUAUACACAUGCAUAUACCCAGCAACCUCAAAACAUGAAUCAAAAUAAUGAUCAUAAUUGAUA